AUGCUACAGAGUCUCCUAACUCUUGCACUCCCCGUCUUGUCGACCACAGCCGCGACGGUGUUUCUCCCUCCCACGAUCUUCUGCGAAAUGGAGUGGAGGAACCGUAUGGAGACAACGCAUGACAAGAUGUAUAUACAAGUGCCGUCUCGGAAGCGCCUCGAAGAAACGCCGGCCGCGAAAGCGCCAGCCCGCCAGCGGAAGCCCGUCUGCAGCAAGCGAAAGAGACAGGAUGAGAUCGCCGACCCAUUGAUGCCGGGAGUUUACCUCUUGGACAUGUCAGAGGAGAUGCCGCAGAAGAAAGCCCGCAGAGAUGGCGACGAGGCCAGCAUGUUGUCAGACACGUUGGAGAGCCCCGACUUCUCCAACGCGCCUCUCACCAACUUCGAUACAUGCAGUGACAUUCAAGCCAGCAGUGGCAGCUCAGAUUGCGGUGAGAGCUCCGAAAUUUUCUCUGCAGGCCCUCUCUCAGACACUGUUACAACACCAAAUUCGCCGGCUUUCUUGGACUUUGACUCUGACAGCACGCUCGUCGACCCUGCAUUGCUAGCCGGCGCAGAAGAGGACCGUCCCCGAGGCUCAGAGACUUCUGAUGACGUUGAUGAGACAGGAUGGGACUUCAUGACGGGGGUAGAGACGAGUGCAUACACACCAAUGAACGAAUUAGACUUCAUGGGCAAUGGGGAAUAG